GUUCUACACCACAACAUACCGGUGCAUAAACUUAAUGCUUUGACGGACAAUUCUUCUCUUUUGAUUCUUCUUUCUUCUUCCUCUUAAUGUCUAUUCAUCAAUCCAAGGUUUAAGACCAAGCUACAAGUAAGACUUAUAUACAUUCAUAUAUCGAUUCAAUUUUUGAGUUUCUGUUGAGAAGUUUGGGAGAUCCUUUUAACGAGGAAUUCGGUGCACAGUACGAAUUUUGAUAUCUCGUUAAAUAAGUCAAGCCACCUAUUGUAUACAUUGCAUAUACACAUACAUAUAUAUUUACAUUUACAUAUCUAUCUACGUCGAAAGAAUUCUUUAUAAAUCUCAUUUCAUAAUUCAACAAGACCCAUUUUUUUCAUCUCAUAAUCCAAUUCCUAUCGCGGCAGAUUUUCGUUUGGUACAGAUAUUACUUGUCAAGUGUACCUACCUCCUGCCUGCUUCUUUACCGCAUUUUCCCAACCUCCGAAACUUAUCAAACGCCAACACUGCCUUCUUGCGAAUCUUGCAUCACCACGCACCCAUCUUCAGCUAUUUUCAUCAGCAAUCAACCCUUUUGUCUCACUCUCUAACUUCCGGAGGGUUUGUUUGUGCUUCCCGGCGUGGAUCUUUUCUGCAUCAUCAGAGUAAUACGACUUAAUUCAACGAUCGACCUUAAUCUAUCGAUCUAACGACUCCAACAAUUGACAAGUUAAAUCGUUAACAAUCAUUACUUGUGUGUUUCAUAUUCUGGGACUUGCUAAAUGAAGUAAAUGUGCAUGCACACACGAGUUCACCUCAUCUGACCGCUGACCGCCUUUAUAUCCACAACUACAUAGGUAGUUAGCAGAUCAAGCGGAGCAACUAGGAACAACCAAGACCAAACCGGAGUCACAUUUUUUUUAGAACUUAUCAGGGUCGUCAUUCCAUCUUCGUCGGAUGUUACUUUUUCUCGGCAUAAUUUGGGGCAAUAUUUGAAAUACAUACAUUCACCGUUUCCCUCUCACCGUUAACACGUUACACCGUUCACGCCACCUUGAUUCGAGUCGUUCAUCUUUACUUCGGUUUGGGAAUAUACAUACGUACAUACGUACAUACAUACAUAAAUACAUACGCAUUCGUUCGACUUUUCACAAGUAUAAGAAAAUACACCGCAUUUUAUAUUUCGAAAUCAGCACAAUUAUCCUAAACAACAAACAACAUAAAGAACGAAACAUAAAUCCAAAUUAUACACACUAGGCGCCGUAACCGAAAAUGGCGUCCCGCGGUCGAGAAUCCUCCCGUCCUCCAACCAUAGUUACAGCUGCUACCGAAAAAGAAGCUCGUCGUGUUCUUCAAUGGCAAGAAGAAGUUGCCAGAAGUACUGCUGGUAGUUCCACUUCACCCACUUCAGACGAAGCAUACCGUGCUGUAGCUCCAAGUCACGUUUCCAGAGCACCUGCCCGAACACAAGUUUCCCAUGCUCCUCAAUCUCAAGCUCCAGAACACCCACCUUUUCGAAGAGCAGAAACUUUCCCCAGAGUUAUGAGACGAGAAACUUAUGCAGGUCAUGGACAUCCCGGUACACAAGUUAGUAUCCGCAGAGACAUGAGUCAUGAUGAAGAGCAAACCGUCUACGUAGACGAGGUAGAACGAGCCGAGCAAGAGAAGGAGAAGGAGAAAAAUGGUGGUCUCUUCGGCAUGACCAACAAAGCUCUCGUGGGUACUUUUCUUGGCGCGGCUGCAGGCGCUGCAUUCGCAUAUGCAAUGGUCAAAAGCGAAGACCCCGAAUACGAAUUAGAACCAGAGCGUAAAUCCAUGCCGGGUCUAAGAAGAAGCUACACCACUGGCCAUGCGGAAACUAUCGCAAGCAGCACGAAAGGUUCAAAUUCCGGAGGCCCAGAGCGCAGAUAUAGAGUUAUUGAAGCGCCGCAUGCUCCUAUGCCUCCCCCUGCCUCCAGCUACUCGCGCAUCCAACGCGAUCGCGAACGUGAGAGAGAGGGCGUGCUAAGCCCCAUUGAAGAACGUAGUUACUACAGCUCUGGCGCACCCUCCAACACAGGCACGAAAAUCCGUCCUCGUCACACAGCCGAUCAGGGCGAAGGAUCGAAUGCCGGAACCGCAAGACCGCCCACCGCGAUCAACAUCAGAGAUAAAGCCCAAAGCAUCGCGCCCACCAAAGUAAGCGAGCGAACCAGCACCGUCAAAGCCGUCAGUCGUGCACCCACCCAAAUCUCGCGCGCCCCCAAAAGUCAAGUUAGCGUGCGCGAAUCCGAAUACGAGUACGGACCUGCUCCGACCCAGGUUUCCGCAGCGCCAGCGCGCUAUUCUCAGGCGCCUAGAGGCGAUGAUGCAAAAAUAGGCGCGAACUCGAGGGCACCCUCACAUCUAGGCGUUAGCGAGCGUGAACGCGAACGUAUUCCUCGAUCGGAAGCGACGUGGGAGCGAGACGAUGUGUCGGUUAGUGCGGUGAGCGAGCGUAGUCGUGCGAGAGAUGUGCCGCUUCCAGCGUCGACGGUCGUGAGUGCGAGGUAUGGCGGCGGAUAUAGGGAGCAGGGAAGUGGGUAUACGCACGCGGGAGAUCGGGAGAGGGAUGCGGAGAGGAGGGGCGAGAGGGAUGGGAAUGAUAGGAAGAGUUGUUUUGAUCGCGGGGUGGAUGAGGAUGGGAAGAGCUAUUUUAAUCCGAGGGGUGCGAUGAGCGUGGCGCCUUCGGAUAGUGUGAGUAGUGUGGGGAGUAAGAGGGAGAGGAUCGAGAGGUUGAGAGGGAGAAUGGAGAGGGAUUUGAGGGUUUAGCGCUAGGCGGUGCUGACUGAUAUCGUCUCGUCUUUUGACAUCUCUCUAUCUCUCCACGUGAAGAUAUACUCGGGUUCGGCUGUUUCAACUCUUUUGCCAUUUUACGAUUUUACAUUUCUUCACAUUGUUUAUCUUGUCUAUUUGUUCCUCUACAUAGUUUGGUCAUUGGUCCUGUUCUGAUACUUUUUAUCUUUGUUUUUUUUUUGUUUUUGUUUUUUUUCUCGCGUCGUCUUUGUUCGCUUGCUUGCUCGGUUUUGUUCUGUAUGUAUGGAUGAAUGAAUGGAUGGUAUGCUUGGAGCGGGGAAUUAAUUGUUUGUGAAUGAGAAAAAUUGGAUGGUGGGUGGGAUGGGACGAUGGUGCGAUGAAUAUAUGCAUAUAUGAAUGAGUAAAUGAAUGAAUGAAAAAAUUGAUUAUAGGGUGUUUUUGGUUUUUGCGUUUGUGUUUGUUUGUUUGUUUGUGAUAGGUUCGGUUUUGCAGGUGGUGGAUUUGGUUGGGUGCGGUGCGGUGUGGUGUAUUGAUGGGGUAGGGGGUUUGAUGGGCUUUCCUCUGGAGUGAGAGGUUGGAGAGUAGAGAGUUGUGGGCAGGAUUUACCGGCGGCUAGAGUAUCUCGAUGCAGGGGAACUUUGUCUUUGAGGAUUUUGUUUAGAUGGUGCCGAUUUGGGGAAUGAGGUGAGGAGGGGCGGAGGUGUGGUACGAGGUCGAGUGGGUUUAGUGGCCUUGACGUGUAGUAUUUAUCUUGGCUUUUGACGACUUCACGCAUACAAGCUCUGUUUUCAUCUUUUUCAAGAUCGGUGAUUGUGGUCUUGGGGGAGGUGCAUCUUCUUGUCUUUCUUUGAGAGCUACGUCGUAAAUGGAACGUGGACGAGAUUGAGGGCCCAUUCGGAUCGAUUUUUUAAACGAUAUAAAGCUAUAUUUGUUGGCAAUAUAGGUCUAAAUGAGUGUUUAUCAAAUGCAAAUAUUGCUCAACAAUUUAUAUUAAUAACAAAAUUGA